CGCCUCUAACACUUACCACAUUAUCCUGCCUUUCCUCUAGCUGGGUCUCGGCGUUCCUGCCAUCUUCCCGAUCUAGAUAAUCCAUGGGGUCUUCUACGUCGACCUUGGUAAAGCCAGUGCGUGGUAACGUACCUCAACCAACGUACAUGCAUGCAGCGCAUCGGACGUCCAGCAUUACGUGUGUCACCCUUUUUAGCACUCAGUCCUACGCUCCACCAUCCAGUACCCCUGGUUUUACAGGCGGCCGGACCGGGGACAAGGGCUUCUCAGACGUACUCCAGGAUGAGGAAAUUAGUGAGAUUCGUCCCCACUUUCCAGCACUCACUCGUCUUCCACGCACAUGGACUCUGCUGUACUCGCUCGACCCGCACGAGCGCACCAUAUUUUGCAGGUGCUGGCUGAGUAUAAUUACCUUGUCUCGCAUAGACGCUUGUUGGCCACCAUUGUUCAAUUGUUCAUCAUAUUACUAUCACUUAAAUCUUCCCUCCCCCAUUGCUGAUAUAAACAAUUUGUCGUUUGUGCUAUUUUCGUAGGUGAAGCCGCGGUCUGAGUCUGAGCCUGAGCCGUCGAGAAGGGCCCGGCCUACGAUCUCAGCAAGCCUGAGCCCUAUCGAACAGAGCCAGGCCGGCCCACCACUGCGAGUGU